AGCCACAGCAAUAGGCUCAAACUGUGUGUUCUCCUUGAGUACUGUGCUUCAUCGGCGGGGCGAAUCGAUGACCUCGGCGGAGGCCACCCGGGAGCCGCUCGAGGCCUGCACCAGCGCCCGGGGUGGUGCGGCAGCGCAGGCCGAUUUUCUCGCCAGGCGCGGCGUCGUGUGCGAGAGUAAAUUCGCAACCGCUCCAGACGGUUACAUUCUUCAUUCGAAGAAUGACAAACUGAGCGAGCACUCGUAAACGUUCGAAAGGUCCACGAAGACCUUUGAGCGUUUAUGUUUGGGCGCCUCUUGUUGUUCUAUCGAUUACAUCACUUGUGGGUCACCGAAACACCUAGCACUGGUCUUCACUCAUGGCAGCGCUGGAAACUGCUGCUCGUGGUGGCAGAACCUGCCCCUGUUCGCAGAGCAGUCUCUCUUUUGCAUUGCGAUUGACCUGCGCUUCUUCGGCUCGUCGGCCCCCAUCACCCCUGCGCUGUUGCAAGGUUUCAGGGGCGGAGCAACCCACGCGCAGGACUUGAUAGCGAUCCUCGAUGCCGAAGGGGUCGACCAAGCGGUCAUAUUCUGCCAGUCCAUGAGUGGGUGCGCGGGCGUUCAUGCUGCCGCGGCAUUCCCUGGUCGCGUAGCCGGUUUGGCAAUGUGUUGCACAAAUCGGGGGAUUGAAAGAGAUGACGAAGACCAGAGGCUUUCAGACGUAGCUCUGUUUAGGCCUGCUCUACAGUGGCCGGAGGAAUUUCCGAUGAAGGGCCUCCACCCGAAGUUUCAGGAGGAGCGGCCGGACAUGGUGAAUCUUUUUCUCGAGGUGAGAAGCUUCAACAGUGGGGUCCCCAGUGAGGUGGAACAGGCCUGCCGGGACAACCCUGUGGCGCUAGAUCGCGUCGCGCAGCUGGACAUCCCGAUGCUGAUGCUGUCUGCGGAGUUCGACUGGUUCUUCAGUCGGGCCAUGCUCUCCAGGUCGGCUCAGCACUGCAGGAACUGCACCUUCGUGUCGUGCCACGGCCACGGCCACUCAGUCUACUUCGAGGACCCUGACCUGUUCCACACAACGGCCAUGGAGUGGAUGCGCGGGGCGGGGAUCUGCUGAAGCAGAUUCGCGCCAGGCGUUGGCCUCGCGUCCCCCUCCUCCGCCUCUUCCUUGUCCUCCUCUUCUUCUUCCCUUCUGGGAAAAAGGGGAGGGCGUCCAUUCCUCAUCGGGAGCGUCUGUUGGCGUCGCUGUUUUGCCAGCGCCCACAAGCAGUGAGGAUCCGUACAGAACCGCUCGAAAAUGCUCCUGAUCAGUUCAAGUUCUAAGGUCAGACGGCAUGCUUUAUAGUGCUUUGGUUAUGAGGUCUCUACGCUGUUGCGCGGCGAUUUUUCGCCGUUUCUAAGACGAUGGUGCGCCGACGAACAUUGCCGCGACAAAUCUGAACAUGUGGCCAGCGACGGUCAUGAAGCUGUGAACCGUGGACUCAUUCUUGUCCGAGUCAGAUGGAGGAAAGUCGAAACUUACAUUUUGCGUUAUCGGUUUCCCAAUGCUUAUGCAUGCGUUGCCCCUGCAAGUUCAGCCGUCGCAUUUGGUCUCGUCGAGCGCGUGCCCGCGUGCUGGGCUCGUGUUUAUUGAGGCCGCAAUGCAAUGCUGGGACGCCGAUCGAUGGGUGGACUCGAGUAACAUGGUGUAGCAGUCGCAUGGGCAUCUGAUGUUUUGGAGCUGGAAUCUAUAUGUGUGCACUUGCAUAUACCUGCAUGUACAGGUUAGCCAGCGUGGACCCCAUACAAUGUGUUUCUGGCAAUCUAUGUUGUGCAAAUUAUGUAUGGCACACUACAUAUGGUGCAAUUCAU